CCUUCUCUUCUGUUACCUUUUAUCAAUAAUAAAUUAAUAAUAAAAUAAAAUCGUAGGAAUCUUGCUUAAUUCUGCUUUUAAUCUUGUGGUUUAUCUCUCUCGGGUUAUUUUAGAACGGAGAUGAACUUCAUUUGCCGGCAGUUGUUCUCAUCGGUAUCAGCCCUCAUCCCAUCUUUUAGCCCUUUUCAAGCUCUUAACCGACAGAUGGCGACACUUCUGCAAAUGCACAAAACAGGACCUCACUUUAAAAACCGGCCUAACAAAAACCCCUUGGAUGGGAAACCGUUCGCCAAGGGCGUCGUCCUCAAGACAUUGAUAAAGAAGCCAAAAAAACCAAACUCGGCGAAUCGUAAGUGCGUCCUUGUUCGCCUCAGCAACGGCAAAGAGAUGGUCGCCUAUAUCCCAGGGAUCGGGCACAACCUUCAGGAACACAAUAUUGUCCUUGUCAAAGUUGGCAGGCUUCAGGAUGUCCCCGGUGUUAAAAUUCGGUGUGUAAGAGGAAAAUAUGACCUUGGACAUGUUAUUAAAAAAUAACACUUUUUUUUAUGUCUAUUUUGUAAAUACUGUUCUAUUAUAAAUUUGUCAAUUGUAGAGGAA